AUGUCGAGUGCGCCUGAACAUGCCGAAGCAGACUCAUACAAAGCAUCAGGCUUUAGCAAUCGUAUGGGCUGGGGCAAACGGCCAGCUCUUAUUUUGAUUGAUGUCUGCGCAGCCUACUUCACUGCAGGAUCACCGCUGGAUUGCAGCUCUAAUCCGGCUGCUACUACUGCACCAAGUGUCAUGCGGCGGCUGGUGCAGGCGGCUCGAGAAGCCAAGGUUCCGGUGGUCCAUACUCAGGUCCUCUAUACCAAGCAAGAUAUGUCCGAUGCUGGACUGUUCUACUUGAAAGCUCGACCGUUGGACGUGUGGCUCAAGGGCAAUGCCCGUGGUUACGACGCUCUCCUCCCGGGCUUAGAGCCGCUCGAAGGCGAAGAAAUCAUCGUAAAGAAGCACGCUUCUGCCUUUUUCGGAACUGAGCUUGCUGGAACACUGCAUCUACUCGGAGUGGAUACCGUGGUCAUAGCGGGUGUAAGCACGUCUGGGUGUGUGAGAGCAACCACAUUGGAUGCAAUGCAGCACAACUAUCGUCCUAUGGUCGUUGCCUCCGCUUGUGGCGACAGAAGUCAAGCCAUCCACGAUGCAAACAUCUUCGAUAUGGAUGCUAAGAUGGCGGAUGUUGUGGGCGAAGAUGAGGCGAUUGAGAAGCUAAGAGCUGGCUGGCCCAAGGAAUGA